AUGGCCGCCACCACCGCCGCAUCCCGGGAGUUCGCCGCCUUCUACCUCCAGCGGACGACCCAGGAGUUCGCCGAGGACCUCGACAAGGUCCGCGAGGCCGACGACUUCAAGGCCGACUCGGUGCCCUUCCUCGUGCACGCCCUGCAGCAGGGCACCGCGCUGUACUCAGCCCGGGACCAGGAGCGCGUCGUUAAGCCUGCCCCCGCUGCUGCUGCUGCGGCCGCGGAGGAUGAGGAUGUGGACAUGACGGAGGCGGCGGCCGACGAGGCUGCAGAGGAGACGGGGGCCAAGAGCGGAAAGAAGGAGAAGAAGGACAAGAGCAAGAAGAAGAAGAAGGCGACCUCCGGCUGA